AUGUCUUGCUUCGUACUAAAAGGAGCAGCAUUGUUCAGAGCAUCGACUCUGUUGGCUGCUAUCGGUUUCUUAUUGUUUGGUUAUGACCAGGGUGUCAUGUCUGGUGUUGUAGCAAACGAAUUGUUCAUUGGAACUAUGGGUAAUCCCAGUUCAGCUUUGAUGGGUGCAAUUGUAGCUUUAUAUGAAAUUGGUUGUAUGGCUGGCGCCUUGAGUACUGGUAAAGUCGGUGAUCUGCUUGGCCGUCGUGUCACAAUCAGAUUAGGAUGUUUGAUUCUAUGCAUUGGAGCUAUUAUUCAAACAUGUAGUAUAAACGCUCCUAUGAUGAUUGUCGCCAGAAUCAUCACUGGUAUCGGAAACGGUAUGAACACUGCUACCAUCCCUGUUUAUCAAGCUGAAUUAUCACCUCCCAAGUCCAGAGGUGCUCACGUUGCAUUUGAAGCCUCUCUAUUGACUGUUGGUGUUGCCAUCGCCUACUGGCUAGAAUAUGGUCUGUACUUUGUUAAUGGUGAUUUCGCUUGGAGAUUCCCAUUGGCUUUCCAAAUGGUCUUCGCUAUCAUUUUGGGCGUUGCUUCCUUCAUCCUCCCUGAAUCUCCUCGUUGGCUUCAAGCCCACGGUAAAGAAGAGGACUGUAAGGAAGUUUUGGCUCGUCUCUGGUCUGAUUGCGACACUACUCAUCCUCGUUGUAUUGCCGAAUGGGAAGAAAUCCGUGAUGGUAUUGAACUCGAACGUCGUGAAGGUGUUUCCUCUUAUGUUGAGCUCUUCAAGAAGGGCAAGAUGAACAACCGUUAUCGUGUAUUGCUUGGUAUGGGUGGUCAAUUGAUUCAACAAUUUGGUGGUAUCAAUGUUAUCAGUUACUACUUGACUGAUGUCUUCAAGCAAGCUGGUAUGACAACUGAAAAGGCCAUGUUGAUGGCUGGUGUGGACUCCAUCAUCUAUUUCCUGGGCGCUGUUACUCCUAUCUUUACUAUUGAGCGUUUGGGUCGUCGCUUCCUCAUGUAUGCUGGUCUCAUCGGCCAAGCUGUCACCUUGUUGAUCGUUGGUGGUUGUCAAUACCUUGUUGAAAAAGAUGGUAACCCUCAAGCAUCAAGCACUGUUAUUGCUUUCGUUAUGCUCUAUAACUUUGUAUUCGGUGCUGCCUGGUUGGGUCUUGCUUGGUUAUAUCCUUCUGAAAUUUUCUCUACUGGUCUCAGAGCCAAGGGUAACUCCAUGUCUACUGCUGCCAACUGGCUUGGUAACUUUGUUGUCGCUAUGAUUGCCCCUGUCUUGUUCGAAUAUGCCAAGUACUGGACCUUCUUGUUAUUUGGUAUUCUCAAUGUCAUCUUCUUGGUUCCCAUCUAUCUUUGGUACCCUGAAACCAAGGGCAAGUCUUUGGAAGAAAUCGAAGUUUUGUUUGCCAGCCACGACGUUCAAGAAGACGCCAAGUCUAUUGCCUCUCACAUCGGAUCCACUUCCAUGUACGAUCAAAAGCAAGAUGCUCAAUCCGCUCUUGAACGUGCUUCUCGUCCCAGCUCUCGUCGUUUCCCUAGCAACUUCUCUGGUCGCAACAGUGGUAUGACUCAACCUGUUGUCAACGACAAACCCGCUCGCGAUACCGAGGCUGCUGAAAUUAGACAAGACUACAUCAAGGACGAUGAAAAGAGAGGUCCCAACUACAAGUAA